AAGAUGGCGUGCGGUUGUUUCAACGGAAAUAUACGGUACUUUAACGUCAAAAAUUUUGCUUUGUUGUAAAGAAAGUCCAAGUUUAUUGAAUGAUAAGUGUAAAUAUUUGUGGUGUUAAGUGUGCAGCAUGCUGCACAGUUAUUUCUGGUCCGUUAAAUAAUCACUGCAGUGGAAAAAUUAAUUUUUGCAAUUUCUUUUUUGCGCUAAACAAAAGUGUUUUGUCGUCUGCGAAUUUCCUAUUUUGUGCAACUAAAUUGCAAGAGUAGCGCCGCAGGCGGAAGUGCUACCGACGGUCGACGUUAGUGGGAAUGAGAUAAAUAUACUUCUGUAUAUUAUUGUUGGCGGCGGCAAGGCUUUUGCUUAUCAAUUCGAACAUUUUGUUGUUUUUGUUUCGCGUAGUGAAACGCGUUUUGUUUAUUCGAAUCGGAUAUAAAAGUUACAACAAAAAAUUGUUUAAUAAUACUAGAGUUGUGAGUGUAUGUGUAUAUAAUACAUAUAAGUGUAGUUAAAAAGCCGGUAAACAAUAAAAACAACUACAGCAAAUGCGAUUUAUGAAGUGAAGUGCUUAGGUUUUUUGUUUCCAAUACAGAAAUGAAUUUAUGAAAAUACGCAAACACACGCACGCACAUAUAAGUAUUCAACUUCUUCCCCUAUCACUACCUUUUUCUACUCCUUUGCAUCAUCUACGAAUACACAUUCAAAAGGUAAUCUGUCAAAAAUAAAAAAAUUAAAAAAGGAUGGAAUUGCGACAAAAAGGAAAAAAUACCACUAUAGUGUUGUUGAGAAUUGCUUGCAAGUGUUUUUAAAAAAGUUCAUAAAUUAAAUAAAAUUUAUUAAACAAAUUGAAAAUUACAAAAAGGAUACGUUCACAUUGCCAAUUCGACAAUUACCAGCGGGGCGCCAAAUCGAUUGUGCACCAAAUGCGUCUGAAUAGCAAACAGGAACGACAUAGGGAUUGGGUGAUGUGGCUGAAUCGGAGGCAGCGGGAGCGUCAGCAGGAGGAGCUGAAAUUUUUUAUGUUAUUUGCUUUUCUGAUGAUGUUACCAUUUCUGCAACUGCAACUGUUUCCAAUGACAAAUGCAAGCCAAGUGCUCACCUUCAAAAUCGAGCCGCAGGACGUGGUCGUGCCGGAAGGACAUUCGGUGUUGUUGCAAUGCGGUGGUUUUGCACUAAACGGCAAGUCUAACAAGCUGCAACCGAUCAUACGUUGGCGUGGUCCGGAUGGCCAAGAUCUUGGCAUUGUCGGCGAUACGUUUCGUAAUCAGCUGAAUAACGGUUCAUUAUACAUAAGCUCCGUCGAAGAGAAUCGUGGUCUCACCGGUUCUUAUCAGUGCCUGCUCAGCGCCGAUGGCAUUGGCACGAUUGUCAGUCGCUCCGCAGUGGUGUCCAUAGCACGCCUGCCAGACUUGAAUCAGGACUUCAUUGAAACAUAUUUACUACCCGGUCAGACGGCGUACUUUCGCUGCAUGAUUGGACAGCUGCAACCGGGCAUCAAACACGUUGUACAAUGGAUCAAAGACGACAUGCCGCUGGUGUUGGACAAACUGCGUAUGGUCGUGCUGCCGAAUGGCGCUUUGGAAAUUGACGAGGUGGAUGUUGGCGAUCGGGGCGCCUAUCAUUGUAAUGUCACGUCGGGUAGCGUGUCACGUUUGAGUAGCAAAACCAGUUUGAAUAUCAAGAAACUAACAGAAGCGGGUAGCGAAAGCUUGGCACCCUCAUUUCUCGUCGGACCCUCACCGAAAACCGUGAAAGAGGGCGAUAGUGUCACACUCGAUUGUGUUGCCAAUGGAUUGCCGAAACCACAAAUUAAAUGGCUACGUGAUGGCGCUGAACUCGAUCUCAGUGAUCUCGACUCACCAUUCUCCAUUAUCGGCACAGGCUCACUGCACAUUUCCUCCGCCGAGGAUACACAUUCCGGUAAUUACCAGUGUCGCGCUAGCAAUACGGUCGACUCGCUCGAUGCGCAAGCAACCGUGCAGGUGCUAGUGCCGCCCAAGUUCAUCAAAAGUCCCAAGGAUAAGACGGCGCACGAGAAAGAGGAGCUGGAGUUGGAGUGCGCGAUACGUGGCAAGCCGAAACCGCUCAUCCAAUGGCUGAAGAAUGGCGAUGUCAUCACACCCAAUACGUAUAUGCAGCUUGUGGGCGGCCAUAACCUACGUAUCUUCGGUCUCUUGCAAUCCGACGCGGGCAUGUUCCAAUGCGUAGGCACAAAUCCUGCAGGUAGCGUUCAGGCAGCGGCGCGUCUGCGUGUCGUUCAAACGGGCAAAUCCAAAAAAUACCGUCCGACCCAUGUUGACCAAACACCCAAAUCUCCCUCACUACCUUCAGCUGCGCCUAUGCGCCGUCGUAAGGUUGGUGGCGCAUCUAAGGGACUAGACCCUUUUGAUACAUUCGGCGAUGCGCUUGACAACUCAAUGGGCUCGACACGCAGUCUUUCAAAGAGCGCAUUAGACAGUUUACUCUCACAGCGAGGUAGGAAAUUACCACGACCAGAGCGACCACAAAAUGACAAUAGUUAUGGUGAGUUCGCUUCACUAAAAGACCUCGAACAAUUAGACAUUGAAGAAGAUAUGGACACUUCAAUGGAAUUGCCCACAAGUACGCAUGAAUUCAAUUCGGGCAAUAUGGGCGAUGACGAGGACAAUGAUGAUGAGGAAAACGAAGACGAAUAUGACGACACGAAUGACAAUCAGGAAUUCAUUGACGCUUACAAGCACGGUGACGAUCCGAACAAAGUACUGAACUCUUGGAAGAAUAAAAAUAAGAAACAAAUAUCCUCAGCCACAUCCAAUUCACAAGCGGCGUCAUCAAGUUCCUCCUACUUAUCCUCAGAUCUAGAUGGACUCGAAGGUACGAUUGGCAUCACUGGUGUGGGUGAUGUCGGCGGCGCUGCAGGCAUUCUGCAACCUGGCGGCGGUGUGACACAUAUAAAUGGCGCUUUGUUGAAUCGUUUGCCGGGACCACCACAUGAUUUGGUUGCGCAGAUUGUGAAGCCACGCUUUGUAACACUCAGUUGGAUGGAGCCAAAGAAGAAUCCAGUGGAAGUGGUCUCAUACACGGUGUACUAUAAAAUGAGCAACAGUGAGCGCGAACAAAAAAUAGUCACCAAAUCACAUGAUGAUCAGCAAGUGAACAUACAAAACUUAUUGCCCGGCAAAACAUAUCAAUUUCGCGUUGUAGCGAAUACGAAUUUCGGACCUGGCGACUCCUCGGAGGUCUUGGAGGAACGCACACAGCCGGAGGAAAAUAUUUCCGGUCCACCACGCAAUGUGGAUGGACAUGCGACUAGUGAGCGCGAGAUUUUCGUUAAAUGGGAUCCACCAACCGUAACUAAUGGCGAAAUUUUAAAAUAUCGCAUUUACUACUCUGAGAACGAUAGUGGCGCUGAGAUGUAUUACGAUAGCACUUCUCUGAGCGCUGUCAUCUCUGAACUUCGGCCGUACACUGAUUACACCAUAACUGUCGUGCCGUUCAACAAAAAUGGCAUGGGCGACCCAUCGAAUGAGAUUAAGGUUAAGACAUACUCAUCUACGCCAACUGAACCGCCAAAUAAUGUAACGCUGGAAGUGACAAGUUCGACGUCCGUCACCGUCCAUUGGGAGCCACCCGCCGAGGAGGAGCGUAACGGUCAAAUUACUGGCUAUAAAAUCCGUUAUCGCAAAUUAAAGGAUACGCCACAAGUAAAGAGCACACCAGCAAAUAUCCGCUACUUUGAGUUGAAUGGUCUGGAACGCCACUCGGAAUAUCAAAUAAAAAUUGCCGCUAUGACUGUUAAUGGUUCUGGGCCAUUUACCGAAUGGAAUCGUGUAAUGACACUGGAAAAUGAUUUGGAUGAAACACAAGUGCCAGGUAAACCUGUUUGGAUUGGCAUACAACCGGGUGGUGACAACAUCGCCCUCCACUGGGGACCGCCGCAUCAGCAUGAAAUCAAAAUUCGCAGUUACGUUUUGGGUUGGGGACGUGGCAUACCUGAUGAGAAUACGAUCGAGUUAAAAGAAUCCGAGCGCUAUUAUGUAUUGAAGAAUUUAGAAUCGAAUACUGAAUAUGUGGUUUCACUGCGUGCACGUAACAGUAAAGGUGAUGGACCACCCAUUUAUGAUAAUAUCAAAACACGCGAUGAGGAACCACUCGACAUACCAGUGCCGUUGGAGGUGCCUGUCGGCCUGCGUGCCAUUACCAUGUCAAGUUCUUCCAUUGUCGUCUAUUGGAUCGAUACGACGUUGAGUAAGAAUCAGCAUGUCAUCGAUAAUCGUCACUACACCGUACGCUAUGGCAUCUCGGGUUCAAGUCGCUUCCGCUACCAUAAUACUACCGAUCUCAAUUGCAUGAUCAAUGAUCUGCGUCCAAAUACACAAUAUGAAUUUGCUGUGAAAGUGGUGAAGGGACGUCGCGAGUCGGCUUGGUCCAUGUCCGUGUUGAAUAGUACCUACCAGAAUGUGCCCAUCACGCCACCACGCGAGUUAACAGUGCGACCGGAUGAACAGAACCCACAAACGGUCAUACUGCAAUGGCUGCCACCGAAGCAUAGUCUUGGUCAAAUAACCGGUUAUAAUAUUUACUACACAACAGACACAACCAAACGCGACCGAGAUUGGUCUAUUGAGGCUUUCGCCGGUGAUGAGACAAUGAUGAUGUUGCCCAAUUUGAAACCCUACACCACGUACUACUUCAAAGUGCAGGCACGCGUGGGUAAGGGCGCUAGUAAUGCGCCAUUCUCAGCGCUUGUGGCCUACACGACUGCAGCGGCUGUUGUUAUGCAGGAACCGAAACCAAUUGCCAAGGGUAUUAGUAAUGAAAUUAUUCUGUACUCAGUGGCAGGUGGUGUAGUAUUUGUGGUAAUCAUUUUUGUGGCUGUAAUGGUUGUUGUGUGCCGUCGCAAACCACAAUCCACACCCGAUCACAACAAGAAGAGGUACGAAGACUAUCAAAAUGUUGGCGUACCAAAACCACCAGAUCUAUGGAUACAUCACGAUCAAAUGGAAUUGAAGAAUAUUGAUAAAAAUAUACACAGCACAACGCCUGUGUGUAGCGAUGGUGCGUCGAGUAGCGGUGCCUUAACAUUGCCACGUUCGGUGGUGCACGAAUAUGACGUCGACACGCCAGUGCCAGUGACGAACUCGCUGGACAAACGUUCAUAUGUGCCCGGCUAUAUGACUACAUCAAUGAACUCUACCAUGGAACGUCCCCAGUAUCCGCGUACACAGUAUAAUAUUUCUGCCAAUCGCUCGCAUAUGACAGUCGACACCGGGCAUUCGCAGCAGAGUUUAACACAACAGCCGGGUUCUUUGGCGCAAACGCCCGAACAUCCAUAUGGCUAUGAGGGCAAUUUCUGCAAUCCUGGUUACCCGAAUGGCGGCGCUGGUGGCGGUGCUGGUCCUGGUGGUGGUCCCAUUAAUAAUGGCGGCGUUUCAACUAUCGAGAGUUCCAAACGCGGUCAUCCGCUAAAGAGUUUCAGUGUACCAGGACCACCGCCAACUGGUGGUGCAACACCCGUAAAUAAACACACACCUGCCGUCACAAUACGUCCACAAAAUCAAUCACCCUACAAGAAACCCUCCUUCUCAGCUGCCACACCAACAAAUCGCUUACAGGGUGGCUCAUCGGUGGCACACUCUAACGACGAAAUACAACGAUUAGCGCCAAGCACAUCAACUGAGGAGUUAAACCAGGAAAUGGCUAAUCUGGAGGGACUCAUGAAGGAUUUGAGUGCAAUAACAGCGAAUGAAUUCGAAGUUUAACAGUAAUGUAUACGGUUAAGUUAAACGUUUAUACAUACAUACAUAUAUGUAGUUUAGUUUAGUACUACGCCAAACGGAUGAAAAGUAUUGCGAAGCGCGCGUAAAAAUAUUUCAAAUGAAGAAGUUUUUUUUUUUGUCAAAGCGCAAACACAAAAAUUUUGGGAGAACAAAAUCAAAAAAUAAUGAUAGUAAUGAAUUAUGUAAAUGAAUUGCUGAAAGGUUUACAAAAACAGCAAGGAAAAACAAAACGAAGAAAUUACACAAAAAAAUAAGAUGACAGAAAAACCUCGUUAAACUUAGCGUGAGGAAAUGUUGAUGAAGUUGAGAAAAAAAAUACACAUAUAUAGAUAUUUUUCUAUAGUUUUAAUGAAUUUCCAGUGCGCUAAGUGAAUUUUGGACAUAUUUUGGCUGCUAAAUUUUUUUUUCAUUUUAAAUUUUUUUUUUUCUUUUUUUUGCUUUUAAAAAUAUUUUAAGUUGGAGAAAUUAAAAUUAAUUAAUUAAAAUUAGUAUUUUGCUUGUAAGUUAAAUUGAUUUGCGAGUUUUAUACAUACCGUUAGUAAAAAAUGGUGAUUGCGACGACUUAUUUUUUGCAUUAAAGUGACGUGUCGCUGUUCAUUUUAAUAUUAAAAAAAUUUUCGCAGGCAAAAUGUAUAACGUGACAUGUAUAUAACCAUUAUAUGUAAGAGUUUCAUCGUAUAUCUAUGUUUUAUGUAUGUAUUUAACGACGUAUUACUGUUUAAGCAUUAAAGUAAGAUUAAUUAAAGAGCGUGAAAACAAAAUAAAAAAAUAAAAAUACCAUUUAAGCAACGCUAUAUUAAUUAAUAACAAAAUCGAAAACGAAAAUCGAAACUAUAACAAUUUAAACAAUUUAAAUUGCAUUUAUACAAAUUUAAAUAUUACGAAUUGUUAAAACAUUGAAGGGAAAUGUAUGUAUUGUGCAAAAACAAAAAUAAAAAACGAAAAUGUUAACAUCUAUACAUAAAUUACAAAAAUAAUUGCAUGUGUAUUAGAUAGGUCUAAAAAGUGGUGUGUCGUGCGGCCAGUGGAAGCCCCAAUAUGUCGGGUCAAAGGAUUCUAAUUAUAGCAAAAUUGCCAAAUUUUCACUUCUUAAUUCUAUUUUUAUUAAUUCAAACACACAAAAAGUGUUACUAAAAAUAUUUCAAAAAAUUUUACAUUAACUAAAAUUACUACUUUUGCCACAUUGGAAAAAAAAACAAAAAAAAAUCCAUUGAUUAGUUCAAUAUUUUUAAACAUAUCUUUAUAUUAAUUAAACACAACCGAGACAAAGCAUGCAAUUUUUUAAACAUUCCGUAAAAUAUUGAAAAUUCUAGCCUAAAUAUUAUAUAUGUAUGUAGUAACAUACUAUAUGUACUACUCUUUCACAACAGCAACGAUUUUCCUGUCCGACAAUUGAACAGCAUCGAUAUGCAUAUAACCACUUUAAACUAAUAUUAUGUACAUAUAUACAUAUACAUAUGUAUGUAUUAGCACUUUAUGAUAUAUUCAAAUAAAUAUGCACAACUGAAGCUACUUGCCGCUAUAUGCUAAAUACUUGCUAUUGAAAAUUUUCACAUAAAACAUAAUUUAACCGAAUAAGCAAAAAGACUAGAUUUAAUAUAAGCUGCAUUUACAUAUAUGAAAAAAAUGUGUUUUUGUGCUUAAAAUUGAAAUUUAAAUUAUUAACAACAAAAC